GCUCAAAAAUAUCAUCGUCGCUAGUCUCUGCGAGAUGUCAACCAGUAAUUACUUAGAAUUUUCAUUUGCGAGGCUCUGAAGGCGGAAGACAACUGGCACGCCGAAAAGGUCUUGGAUGAAAUCAAAGAUUUGCAUGGACUGGAUUCCCUUUACAACUACUUGAGAAGCAAGCUGGCACACCUUCCGCGAGAUAAUGGAAAGUACUGUCUCCAGGUCCUUGAAAUACCCUGAUGCUUCUCCAUAUGUCGACAAAGUCCCCGAGUCAUGUUUCGGCUAGCAAUACUAUGCUAUUUUGUCCAGCAAAUAGUAUCUUGAAGAAGAUACACCUUCGCAAUGCAAUUCCCCAGAUCGAGUUCUUCCCACUUGGAAAUAAAGCAUUGCAUCGUGGGUUUAGUCGAUUAGAAGGCCAUACUGACUAUGUCCGUUCUGUGGCCUUUUCUGCUGAUAAUCGACUGAUGGCAUCGGGUUCCGAUGACGGUAGUGCGUAUUUGGGAUGUCGCAAUGGGUAGCACCCAGCACACGCUCGUAAUGGAACGGAUUUGGAUUUAUGAUGUAGCAUUUUCCCCUAUCAAGGGCUACAUUGCAGCAGGUUCCGACACGAGCCACGUCACUUUAUG